GCGUCCUCCGCCCGCCCGCUCACCAGCCCGCCCGGCCCUCGACUCAUGUCCCGCCGCAAGGCCGGCUGCAUGCCCCGCCGAGUAGACCCCGCGCCCGCCGCCAACACAGACGACGAGAUGGAGAUGCCGGCCCUCGUCAUCGAAAUGAAGCCGGAGCCAGACGUGCGGCCCCUACAGGCCCCGGGGCUGGGGCCCUUCUCCCCGAAGGAAGUGCCCACGCCGAGGCGGUUCGAGGGCGAACCCCGCCGUUCCUCCGGCCCCGUGCCCGUCGGGAGCCCUCUCCACUCCCUCGGCGCGCGGAACCAGUGGGCACUGUGGACGCCGCUGAUCCUCAACCCUCGCGAACGCCACGACCCCAAGGCCCUGGGCUGCUUCCGCUGCGGGAGACAGUUCUCAGGGGCCUGGAAACUGCUGCGCCAUGCCCAGUGGGACCACGGACUGUCCAUCUACCAGACGGAACCCGAGGCCCCAGAGGCCCCGCUGCUGGGCCUGGCAGAGGUGGCCGCCGCCGUGUCGGCAGUGGUGGAGCCGGAAGCGGAGGCCAAGGGCCCCCGGGUGAGCAUCCCCCCGCGGCGGAGCCCCACCUGCCCCGUGUGCGCGAAGACCCUCAGCUCCUUCAGCAAUCUCAAAGUGCACAUGCGCUCGCACACAGGCGAGCGGCCCUAUGCCUGUGACCAGUGUCCCUACACCUGUACCCAGAGUAGCAAGCUCAACCGCCACAAGAAGACCCACCGGCAGCCACGGCCUCAGAGCCCCUUCAAGGCCAAAGCCAGCCCAGAACAGGCCUCUGCCGCUGCCCCUCCUGAGCCAGCGGCCCACGCCGCGGCCCCGGCCAGCACCCUCCUGCGCAGCAGCGGUGAGAGCGCCGGAGCGGCCGCCACGGCGGGGGUCCAGGAACCCGGGGCUCCUGGUGGUGGGGCACAGGUGGGCCCCGGCGAGGCCAGUUGGGAAGCUACCACCAAGGAACAGAGAACUGAACCUGCGAAGGGCCCGACGUCCCCCAAGAAGCUGCCAAAGCCGGCGGUCAAGAGCCGUGGGCCCGGGGGCAGCUGUGAGUUCUGUGGAAAGCACUUCACCAACAGCAGCAACCUGACGGUGCACCGGCGCUCACACACGGGCGAGCGGCCCUACACCUGCGAGCUCUGUCCCUACGCCUGUGCCCAGAGCAGCAAGCUCAACCGCCACCGCCGCAUGCACGGCCUGGGGCCGGGCAGCACCCGCUUCGAAUGUCCCCACUGCUGUGUGCCCUUCGGCCUGCGUGCCACCCUGGACAAACACCUGCGGCAGAAGCACCCCGAGGUGGCCGGGGACGCCUGA